GUCCUGACGGAAUCGUCCUCCUUGCCAACCGCAAUGAAAUGUACGUUGGGGACGGCGACGGCACCGUCAAAGUUAUCAACCUCUUCACCAACACCAUUGUUGCCAACAUCUCCACGGGGUCGAAAAAGCGUGCCGACGAAUUUGCCUACAACCCCUCAACCCAGACUGUCGUCGUGACCAACGCCAACGAAUCGCCACCUAUGGUCAACAUCCUCGAUGCCGCUACUCAUUCAGUCGUUGGCAACAUCAGUUUUCCCGGGGCAAGCGGUCUCGAGCAGCCAGCUUUCAAUCCGGGAGACUCGCAGUUCUACGUCUCUGUUCCCGAGACGACCGGUGCUCCAGGCGGUGCAAUCCAGCUGAUAAACGUCGUCAAGGGUAGCCUCUCCAUCGCCAAGACCCUUCCAAUUCCUUCCUGUGCCCCAGCCGGGAUUGUGUUUGGACCGUCGGAUCAAGUUUUCAUCGGGUGCUCUGGAUCUCAAGUCUCGAGUUUUGGCUACGCAGCCAGCUACAUCAUGAACGUGACCACCGGGUCCAUCGUCGCCAAUAUCAGCGGCAUCACCGGCAGCGACCAAGUCACAUACUCGGCAAAGACGGGCUAUUACUACGCGUCCGCGUACUUGAAUACCGUGAACGGAGUGCCGACCCCGAUCCUUGCAGUGAUCGCGGCCAACGGCACCGUGCUGCAGAAGAUCGCGACGGACAACGUUACGGCGCAUGCGGUGUCUGUCGAUCCAAGCACUGGGAGCGUGGUUGUGCCGGUCAAGGCCAAGGGUAUCCAGAUCUAUGCCCUCGGUGGUGCAUCGACCACUGCUGGCAGCGGAACUCCAACAUCGUCAACCCCGGCCUCCACGUCGAAGACCUCGGACGCUCAGAGCAAGCGCCUGGGAGCCUUGUUUGGAAUGGUCGCUGCAGCCGCAGCCCUUGCUUGGCUAUUGUAGGAGACACCAGUAGUGUGGAAUUUACGGAGGGAUUAGGGAUGGUAGAGAUAUGUGAGAAUAGUAAAACAUCUUUUGGCAUUUUUGAACUAGUUUCAUUUAGUAGCAGUAUGGUGGUGGUAUGGUGGGUUGGUAUGGCGAUUUUUCAUAUUAGACGAAUACUUCAUUGAAUUUUCAUUGCUC